UUUUAGUUGUACGAACUCAACUUUUGUUCAUUAGCUAUGGACUCAACUGAAACUGCACCUCAGGGCCUAACCAAAGAAGAGUAUUCGGAGCUGAAGCCUCUGAUUCAAGCAUACCAUAAAUUCGAGCCGAUGCCCAACACAUGCACGUCGCUAAUAACGCAACGAAUCGACGCCCCGGUCCAAACCGUGUGGCCAUUCAUCCGAAGCUUCGAAAAGCCCCACAAAUACAAGCACUUCAUCAAGAGCUGCAACAUGAGCGGCGACGGCGGCGUCGGUAGCAUUAGAGAAGUCACAAUCGUCUCGGGCCUUCCCGCGUCGACUAGCACGGAAAGGCUCGAGAUUCUGGACGAUGAAAAGCAUAUCUUGAGCUUUAGGGUCGUGGGAGGCGAGCACAGGCUGAGGAACUACAGGUCGGUGACAUCGGUGAAUGAGUUUGACAAGGAAGGUAAAGUGUACACCAUUGUUUUGGAGUCUUAUAUAGUGGAUAUACCAGAAGGAAACUCUGGGGAAGAUACGAAAAUGUUUGUGGAUACAGUUGUGAAGUUGAACCUGCAGAAGCUUGGGGUCAUUGCAAUGGGUUCUCUUCAUGGACAUGAUUGAUUACAUACUUUGAGAAGAUGACAGGUAAGAUUCUGUUUGAAAGUACGGUUAGUCUAGACUUUGAAGAGGUUGGAUUUGUUUUUUUUUUAUUUGAG